GAGGUAGCUGAGGAACAACUACGGCGCCUCCUAACCAAAAAAAAAAAAAAGAGAGAAAGAAAAAAGGAAAAAAAAAAAGAGGGAGAAGGUAUGGAGUGUGGCGGAGGCAGAGACCACGUGCACCCUUUUCUCUUCACCUUCAUCUUCUUCAUCUGCCACUAUUAAGUCUCCGGACCCCACCUCCUUCCAUCUCCCUCUAACUCCAACCUAACUCUCUUCUUCCCUCUCCCGCCUCUUUAAACCCACCACCCCUCUUCUCUCUCUCUCUUCUGCUUUGACAUGAAUCAUUCUUUGACUUCUCUCGUCCGAAAUUAGGAUUCUCAGCUUUUUUUUUCCUCUCUUCAAGAUAGAUAUCUGAAGAAUGGCUGGCUCUAUUAACGGGUAUCAAACUCCUGCUAGAAAUCAUGUUUCGGUGUCUGAAGUGGAUGACUUUUGCAUUGCACUUGGAGGGAAAAGGCCAAUCCAUAGUAUUUUGAUCGCUAACAAUGGAAUGGCAGCUGUUAAGUUUAUACGGAGUGUCAGAACAUGGGCUUACGAAACAUUUGGCACCGAGAAAGCUAUCUUGUUGGUCGGGAUGGCAACUCCUGAAGACAUGAGGAUCAACGCCGAGCAUAUCAGAAUCGCUGAUCAGUUUGUGGAGGUUCCCGGAGGAACAAACAAUAACAAUUAUGCCAACGUUCAGCUUAUCGUUGAGAUGGCUGAAGUAACACGCGUGGAUGCAGUUUGGCCUGGUUGGGGUCAUGCAUCUGAGAACCCUGAGUUACCUGAUGCGUUGAAGGCAAAAGGAGUUAUAUUUCUUGGUCCCCCAGCAGCUUCAAUGGCAGCAUUAGGUGACAAGAUUGGUUCCUCCUUGAUUGCACAAGCUGCUGAUGUACCUACUCUACCAUGGAGUGGAUCCCAUGUCAAAAUACCUCCAGAUAGCAGCUUGGUAACGAUCCCGGAGGAGAUCUACAGGCAAGCUUGUGUCUAUACAACCGAAGAAGCGAUUGCUAGUUGUCAAGUCGUUGGUUACCCAGCAAUGAUCAAAGCAUCAUGGGGUGGUGGCGGCAAAGGCAUCAGGAAGGUUCAUAACGCUGACGAGGUUCGGGCUCUUUUCAAGCAAGUUCAGGGUGAGGUCCCUGGCUCACCGAUAUUCAUAAUGAAGGUUGCUUCACAGAGUCGGCAUUUAGAGGUCCAGCUGCUCUGUGACCAAUAUGGAAACGUUUCAGCUCUGCACAGCCGGGACUGUAGUGUCCAGAGAAGACACCAAAAGAUCAUAGAGGAAGGUCCAAUCACCGUGGCUCCGCAAGAAACCAUAAAGAAACUUGAACAGGCGGCUAGAAGGUUGGCCAAGAGUGUUAACUAUGUUGGAGCAGCUACUGUUGAGUAUCUCUACAGCAUGGACACGGGCGAGUACUACUUCUUAGAGCUUAACCCUCGGUUACAGGUUGAGCAUCCUGUAACUGAAUGGAUUGCCGAGAUAAAUCUUCCUGCUGCGCAAGUUGCUGUUGGGAAGGGAAUUCCUCUCUGGCAAAUCCCUGAGAUAAGACGGUUCUAUGGUAUAGAACAUGGUGGAGGUUAUGAUUCCUGGAGGAAAACAUCCGUGCUAGCCUCCCCUUUCGAUUUUGAUAAAGCUGAAUCUAUAAGGCCAAAAGGUCAUUGUGUGGCUGUACGCGUGACAAGUGAGGACCCUGAUGACGGGUUCAAACCCACCAGUGGUAAAGUACAGGAGUUGAGUUUUAAAAGCAAGCCAAAUGUGUGGGCUUACUUCUCUGUCAAGUCUGGUGGAGGCAUCCACGAGUUCUCAGAUUCCCAGUUUGGACAUGUUUUUGCAUUUGGGGAAUCCAGAGCCUUGGCAAUAGCAAAUAUGGUUCUUGGGCUUAAAGAAAUUCAAAUUCGUGGAGAAAUUAGGACUAACGUUGACUACACGAUUGACCUUUUACAUGCUUCUGAUUACCGGGAAAACAAAAUUCACACUGGUUGGUUGGACAGUAGAAUUGCUAUGCGGGUCAGGGCAGAGAGGCCUCCAUGGUACCUCUCUGUUGUCGGAGGGGCUCUCUAUAAAGCAUCAGCGACCAGUGCUGCUGUAGUCUCGGAUUAUGUUGGCUAUCUUGAGAAGGGGCAAAUUCCCCCAAAGCAUAUAUCUCUUGUACAUUCUCAAGUGUCUCUGAACAUUGAAGGAAGUAAAUAUACGAUUGAUGUGGUCCGCGGUGGAUCAGGAAGCUACAGGCUAAGAAUGAACAACUCAGAAGUUGUAGCAGAAAUACACACUCUACGUGAUGGAGGUCUGUUGAUGCAGUUGGAUGGUAAGAGCCAUGUGAUAUAUGCAGAGGAAGAAGCUGCAGGAACCCGUCUUCUUAUUGAUGGAAGAACUUGUUUACUUCAGAAUGAUCACGAUCCUUCAAAGUUGAUGGCUGAGACACCGUGCAAGCUGCUGAGGUAUUUGGUUUCAGAUAAUAGCAGUAUUGAUGCUGACAUGCCCUACGCGGAAGUUGAGGUCAUGAAGAUGUGCAUGCCACUUCUUUCACCUGCAUCAGGAGUUAUACAUUUCAAAAUGUCUGAAGGACAAGCCAUGCAGGCUGGUGAACUUAUAGCCAAGCUCGAUCUUGAUGAUCCUUCUGCUGUAAGAAAGGCCGAACCCUUCCAUGGAGGUUUCCCAAGAUUAGGGCUUCCAACGGCAAUUUCUGGUAAAGUUCAUCAGAGAUGUGCUGCAACUUUAAAUGCUGCUCGCAUGGUUCUUGCCGGCUAUGAGCAUAAAGUAGAUGAGGUUGUUCAAGACUUACUUAAUUGCCUUGAUAGCCCUGAACUCCCAUUCCUUCAGUGGCAAGAGUGCUUUGCAGUACUGGCAACACGACUACCUAAAGAUCUCAGAAUGAUGUUAGAAUCAAAGUACAGGGAAUUUGAGAGUAUAUCCAGGAACUCCCUCACCGCAGAUUUCCCUGCCAAACUUUUAAAAGGCAUUCUUGAGGCUCAUUUAUCAUCUUGUGAUGAGAAGGAUAGGGGUGCUCUUGAAAGGCUCAUUGAACCAUUGAUGAGCCUUGCAAAGUCUUAUGAAGGUGGUAGAGAAAGUCAUGCCCGUGUUAUUGUUCAUUCUCUUUUUGAAGAAUACCUAUCUGUAGAAGAAUUAUUCAAUGAUAACAUGCUGGCUGAUGUUAUUGAGCGCAUGCGUCAGCAAUACAAGAAAGAUCUUUUGAAGAUUGUUGAUAUUGUGCUCUCACACCAG